ACUGGUUCAUUUACUUUGUAAAUGAAAUUUGCUGAUAUAAUUAAAAAGCAGUCUAAAGCAGAAUUGCACAAGUGAUCACGUGAUACCGGUCCUUUUACUAACGGGUCCGUGCUGGAGGACAAGAUUCUAUAAUCGUUGUCCGGAUAAACGACUCAAUCCAAGAUGGUGAACUUUACGGUAGACGAGAUUCGGUCCAUUAUGGACAACAAGUUCAAUAUAAGGAACAUGUCCGUCAUUGCCCAUGUCGAUCAUGGCAAGUCAACUUUGACGGAUUCCCUUGUCAGCAAGGCAGGAAUUAUUGCCGGUGCCAAGGCUGGUGAAAUGAGAUUCACAGACACCAGAAAAGAUGAGCAGGAAAGAUGCAUCACCAUCAAGUCUACGGCAAUCUCUCUAUACUAUGAGAUUCCGAAAGAAGACCUUUGUUUCAUCAAGCAGUCAAGAAGCCCUGAUGGAGAGACCCACUUCUUGAUCAAUCUGAUUGAUUCCCCUGGGCACGUUGAUUUCUCAUCUGAGGUCACUGCGGCACUGCGUGUUACUGAUGGCGCUCUGGUUGUUGUGGACUGCGUCUCUGGUGUGUCUGUGCAGACUGAAACUGUGCUCAGACAGGCCAUUUCUGAGCGAAUCAAGCCAGUGUUGUUCAUGAACAAGAUGGACCUUGCUCUGCUCACACUGCAGUGUGACAUGGAGGAACUCUACCAGAUCUUCCAGAGAGCCAUUGAAAAUGUCAACGUCAUCAUAGCAACCUAUGAAGGCGAGGACAGCCCUAUGGGAAGCAUCAGUGUUGAUCCCAAGGAUGGCACAGUUGGAUUUGGUUCUGGACUUCAUGGGUGGGCCUUCAAUCUGAAGGACUUUGCCAAGAUGUACGCCAGCAAGUUCAAGAUCCCUGAAGAAAAGAUGAUGAAACGCUUGUGGGGUGACUAUUUCUUUGAUGAUGCUAGCAAGAAAUGGGUGAAGAUGUGCUCUGGUGACAUGACCCCACUGAAGUGCAGAGGGUUUAACAAGUACAUCUUGACACCCAUCUACACGGUGUUCAAAGAAUGCCAAGAGGCUGAGCACUCCCCUGAACUGAAAGAAAAGGCACUGAAGCGUGCAGAGCAACUAGGUGUCAAACUGACCUCUGAAGAGAAAGAAACUGUGGGAAAGGUUUUGUUGAAGACCUUCAUGAGGAAAUGGCUGCCAGCUGGUGACGCCCUUCUCCAGAUGAUUGUCUUCCACCUGCCUUCUCCAGUAACAGCUCAGAAGUACAGAACUGAACUGCUCUAUGAAGGUCCCAUGGACGAUCCUUGUGCCGUUGGUACAAAGAACUGUGAUCCCAAAGGUGAACUGAUGAUGUACAUUUCCAAGAUGGUACCGACCUCUGAUAAGGGACGAUUCUAUGCUUUUGGUCGUGUGUUCUCUGGUACUUGUUCCACUGGCCAGAAGGUGCGCAUUAUGGGCCCCAACUACAAACCAGGCAAGAAGGAAGACCUCUAUGAGAAGACCAUUCAGAGAACCAUUCUGAUGAUGGGGCGUUACAUUGAGCCCAUUCCUGAUGUUCCCUGCGGUAACAUCUGUGGUCUGGUUGGUGUCGAUCAGUUCUUGGUGAAGGGAGGAACCAUCUCCACGUACAAGGAUGCCCACAACAUGAAAGUGAUGAAGUUCUCUGUCAGCCCAGUCGUCCGUGUGGCUGUUGAAUGCAAGAACCCUGCUGAGCUCCCUAAACUGGUUGAGGGUCUUAAACGUCUGGCCAAGUCAGAUCCUAUGGUUCAGUGCACAAUUGAAGAGUCUGGAGAGCACAUCAUUGCUGGCGCUGGUGAACUGCACUUGGAGAUCUGUCUGAAGGAUCUGGAGGAGGACCACGCUUGUAUUGAACUGAUCAAGUCUGACCCUGUUGUGUCCUACAGGGAGACGGUGGAGGAGGAGUCACAAAUCAUGUGCCUGUCAAAGUCACCAAACAAACACAACAGGCUCUACAUGAAGGCUAGACCUAUGGACCCCCGUCUGCAGAAAGACAUUGAUGACGGUAAUGUAACCCCACGUCAGGAGAUGAAAGAACGUGCCAGAUACCUGUCUGACACUUAUGAGUUUGAUGUGGGAGAGGCCAGGAAGAUCUGGUGUUUCGGGCCCGAGGGUACCGGCCCUAACCUGCUCAUUGAUGUGACCAAGGGAGUGCAGUAUCUCAAUGAAAUCAAGGACAGUGUUGUGGCUGGCUUCCAGUGGGCCACCAAAGAAGGUGUACUGUGCGAUGAGAACGUCCGUGGUGUCCGAUUUGACAUUCACGAUGUGACCCUGCAUGCGGACGCCAUCCACAGAGGUGGUGGUCAGAUCAUCCCCACCGCUCGCCGUGUCCUCUACGCCUGCAUGCUCACUGCUGUUCCUGCUCUCAUGGAGCCCAUCUACAUGGUCGAAAUCAGAGUACCAACUGCUGCCCAGGGAGGCUGCUUCUCUGUGCUGAACAAGCGUCGAGGUGAAAUGCAAGAAAACUUUGAAAUCAUCGUUGGACAGUCAGUCUUAAAGGCCUACUUGCCUGUCAAUGAGUCCUUUGGUUUCACGACUGAGCUGCGUGCUGCCACUGGAGGCCAGGCAUUCCCUCAGUGCUGCUUCGACCACUGGAAGGUGCUACCAGGCGGUGACCCCACCCAGCCUGAGACCAAGGCCGGAGCCAUUGUGGCUGACAUCAGAAAACGCAAGGGACUGAAGGAAGGUGUUCAGGCCUUGGAUAACUAUCUUGACAAAUUGUAACCUCUGGAUUAUGGACCUGCUAUUUUUUGUUUAUUUAUUUUUUUCCUUAUGGACAGGAAAGAGUUAAAAAUCACUGCAAGUAAUGGAGAUGAAAGAAAUAAUUAUGAGACUUUCAUGUAUCAAUUAACUCCACACACAUCUUGGAAAUGUUCAAACGACCCAGAUUAUCUCGUCUACAGUGUAUAGUGCUUCAACAGUCGAGUUGAGCCAAUCCAGUGCUUUGCAUAGCACAUGUGCUAUGUGAUGUUGCUUUUCAAAUAAAUACCAGAGUCAGAAA